UUACCAGCCACUGCGUUUAAAGUGGUGAAAGUAGACAGCCGGGAUUUGUGGGUGGGUCGGUGGGUUGUGAGUGUUUUUAAAAAUGUGAAAACAGCGUUCAUGGACUAUGUACCAGUACGCAUGUGAGUGAUUUAUAAAGAAUUAAAACCGUCGCGUGAGAAAAUCACUGGAACGUGGAUACAGACUCGGAAAGACGACCCGAAGAUUCUGCGAAUAUAUAUAUUAUAGACCGAGUGUGCUGUCAGAAAUAAAAAUAGUAAAACGAUGAACGCGUUGCUGCCGUUAAUAGCUCUGAGCGUGUGCGUUACACAUGCUUUCAAUCUCGAGCCACGAAUACCCAUUAUCAAAAGAGGCUUCGAGGGUUCCUAUUUCGGCUACUCGGUCGCCGAACACAUAGACGUUUCGUCGCCGAUAUCCGUUAGCAAGAUAUUGGUGGGUGCACCUUUAGAUCAGAAUCUGCAGCCUGGAACAAAUCGGUCAGGUGCAUUGUGGCAAUGUCCGUUGACAACAUACACGAGAGAUUGCAUCCAAGUUCCCACAGACGGAAUGAAGAUGGACGAUGGUCUAUUAGAAUCAAACGAUUCAACUUCGGAGUCGAAGAAGGAGGAUUUAGUACCUCCAGGAAAUGACGAGAUUAAAGAUGGUCAGUGGCUGGGAGUUACCGUGCGCAGUCAAGGUGUAGGUGGCAAAGUAAUGGUGUGUGCUCAUCGUCAUAUUGUGAAAACAGCGGACUCGCAGUGGGGCCAAGGCCAGUGCUACAUACUGUCACAGAACUUGGAAAGUAUCGAACUGAGAAAGCCUUGCUCCGGAAAACCUACGAACAAAGCACACGAACAGUUCGGUUACUGUCAAGCAGGGACCAGCGGUUUGUUCACUUCGGAAGAUCGUAUUGUUAUCGGCACACCGGGUCCGCACACUUGGCGCGGAACACUGUAUCUCUUCACUGUGUCCGACGAAUUUUUAACUAGGGACAACACGAUUUACAACACGCCAAUGCAAGAUACCUCCUCGCCCGUGAAUAAAUACAGUUAUCUAGGAAUGUCCGUAGCUGUUGGGAAUUUCUUUGGCAAAGGUUUGGUUUACGCGGCGGGAGCACCUCGUUCCAACGGCACGGGUCAAGUGAUAUUGUUCAUCAGGCACGAAUUCAAACCGGAGAUGGACGUUGCUCUCAUCUUGAACGGCGAGCAGUUCGCCUCGAGUUAUGGAUACGAGAUCACGUCAGCAGAUAUAAACGGAGACAAAGUAACCGAUUUAGUCGUGGCAGCGCCGUUUUAUUUCACCAAGACGGAAGGCGGAGCUGUGUACAUUUAUACAGCGCUAGAUUUGUGCAAAACCACGAGGGAUAACGAGAAAUGUGCUCCCGUCAAGCUCGUUGGUCAUGAGGAAUCGAGGUUCGGAUUCGCACUGACGAAUUUGGGUGAUUUGAAUAAAGACGGCUUCGAGGACAUUGCGAUUGGCGCUCCGUACGAAGGCAAGGGAACAGUUUACAUCUACUUGGGCUCCAAGAACGGCAUCAUUAAAACACCGUCGCAGAUCAUUCACGCCGAUGAUGUGCCCACACCACUCAAAACUUUCGGUUAUUCGUUAAGCGGAGGUCUCGAUAUGGAUCACAACGGUUAUCCCGAUCUUUUGAUCGGAGCUUAUGAAAACGACGCGGUCGUACUUCUACGUUCCAAAAAGAUAAUCGACAUCACUACUUACAUACGAUACGCCAAGAAGGACGGAGUGUAUCACGAUACGAUGGAGCCCAUCGAUCCAAACAGGAUUGGCUGUUUGGCCGAUCCGGAUUCGAAUCACACAUGUUUCUCAUUCGAGGCUUGCUGCAAAACGGAAUCACUGGUGAAGGAAGAGUCUAUGCAGAAUCUGAAAUUGAAUUAUUUCAUCGAAGCGGAAACUUACACCGGAGCCAAGAAGUUCUCGAGAGUUUGGUUCGGUGCCAAUACGUACACGCGUCCUCAUUACGUUAACCGAACAGUUACCUUAGAUACCACGAAGUUGAUACACUGCCAGAAGGAGACUGUCUAUUUGAAGGAGAACACACGCGACAUCCAAUCUCCUAUAAAGUUUCGUUUGAAUUAUUCGCUGAUACAAGAGGAGCCGGUUAUGCCUCCGGAAGGCGCUUCCUUACCCAAGAUGAAGAAUUAUCCUAUACUCAAUCAGCAAGAAGCCGCGCGAGUGUUCGAAGCUGUAUUUCAGAAAGACUGCGGUAACAACGACAUUUGCGAGAGUAACUUGGAAGUAAUGGCCAAAUUGAACUUGUCCGCUUCCUCAGUAAAGCUGAACUUUUACGAGCUGCUUCUGGGCGAGAGGGAGGAGAUAGUGUUGGAGGUGAAUGUGGCGAAUGUCGGCGAGUCCGCGUACGAGGCUCAGCUGUUCAUCGUUCACUCGCAAAGCUUGAACUACAUUGCCAGCAAGAGCAACGAUUCUGUGAUAUGCAGUCUGCAUAAUGCCACCAUGGUGUCGUGUUCGAUCGGUAAUCCGUUCAAGAAGGACAAAGCGGUGGACAUACAAGUGAGAUUCGAUCCCAAGGGUCUCGAAGACAACGAGUCGCAACUGAAUUUCACGAUUUUCGCCAAUUCCACAUCGAAGGAAGUCACGGAGAAGCGACCCACCGUGUUGCAGGCUACAAUUUUGAAACGCGCCGAGCUCUCAAUUAAAGGGAUCGCUAAAACUCAAUGGGCGUUUUACGGAGGUCCAGUGGUCGGUGAGUCCGCGAUAAAACACUUGAACGAGAUUGGACCGAAAGUGUCGCACAUUUACGAGGUGUUCAACGAGGGUCCGUGGAAAGUCAGCACCGUGGAGGUGCGCAUUUCGUGGCCGUAUGAAGUCGCUAACGACAAAGCGCACGGAAAGUGGUUGUUGUACAUCGAAGAGAUGCCAACGGUUCAAGCUUUGGGAGACGGCGAAUGUAUACUGCCACCGGGACACGUGGUCAAUCCGUUGAGACUGCAGGAUAGUAUCACUUUCGACGGCCUCGACAUUCUCCAACCUGCGUCACGUCCGUCGGCGAAUGAACAUUUCAACAAUUACACCAAUCACGUAAGAGUAACGCGAGACACGGAAAAGGUUGUAAAUACGCGAACGGUUAUCGAUAAGGACGGACGUCGGCAUCGCGUGGUCGCAAUGAAUUGCAAAGCCGGCACGGCAAAAUGUUUCGACAUUACGUGCUACAUAUACAACUUGCAGAGAAAACAGGAAGCCACGAUCACUGUUAAAGCGAGACUUUGGAAUUCCACUCUGGUCGAGGAUUAUCCGAAAGUUGACAUGGUCAAGAUAGGAUCCACCGCUAGGAUAGUGAUACCUCCAAAUAUUGUUAUACAGCAGGAAAACUUGAAGGACGAUCACGCGAUUGCUGAGACGAUUGCGUAUCCUGAUCUGUUGGACCAGCAGGAAGUCGAGCCCAUACCGCUGUGGAUAUACAUAGUGGCCGCGGUCGCGGGUAUUCUCCUGUUUAUUUUGCUUACAUUGGUGUUGAGAAAACUCGGUUUCUUCAAGAGACGACGCCCCGAUCCGACGCUGUCCGGCAAUCUCGAGAAGCACAGAGACGAUAAUCCGGAAAACGAGGCGUUGUUCAAACACUGAGAUUCAACUAGCGGCUCGAAGCAUUCGAAAUAAUCGCGGCAAACUGUCAUAAUUACUUAAAAAAGAAACUGUAAGUACUUAUGAUGCAAAGGUACAUAUUUGCGCGCGCACGCGCGUUUUUUUUUUUUUUUUCUCGUUUUAUACCGCCCGAGAACUCACGGGAUGUGCGUAUUUCGCACGCACGAGCAGCUAAAAAAACACGCGGUUUUAUUGAUAAUAUAGAUUGUGAUACGCGUGUAAUGCUAGAUGUUUUACGCGACGAGGCUUUUUUUUCCUCGAGAACGUUUGGGAAAAUUUGUACACCAACGCGCUCGAGUUAUUUGUUGAAAUAUUCUUUCGGGAUAGAACGCAUCACAUUAUUUCGAUCGAUAUUAUGUACGACGUGUUUAUUUAAUCGUAAUUCUUCAGAUAUACGAUUAAAUAAAUAAGUUCUUUCAUGUUUUCAUCUUCAAAGCACACAUCUGCAAUUUUGGCAUUUUGUAUUGCAUGUAUUGGUUUGAAAAAGAAAAUUGUCUGUUUUUUUUUUGCCAAUUACAAAGUUUAAUGCAAAAUUCCACAAAGGACGAAAAAACAAAAGGAAACACACCGAAUAGAUAAAUAGGACAUGAGUUUGAACUGACGGCUGCUUCAUCCGAUAAAGAGGCACUUAUUUCGUAGGGUAAUGAAACAUUCGUUUUAUUAUAUAUCGUUUUUAAUUCUAGCUGUCGAAUGUAUAAAAUAGAAUUCUUAAUAUUUCAUAAUCUCACAUUUUACUCGUGCCAUACGCAUUUAAAAUAGCGUUGACAUGAUUAGAAUCGCAUCAAAUCGUUUCUCGCGUCGUUUUAAGUCUCGAAUAUCUCCCAGCAGAGAGUAUUUAUUGCAAAAAUGGAAGAGAAGACUUACGUUACUUAAAACAGAUUUCCAUUUGCACUUCUAAGGAUUUUCUUCCGCAUUUCGAUUAAAUUGCGUAAGUUUUAUCAAAAUCGCAUUAUGCGAAUGUUAACGUAAACAUAUUAGUACGUUUAGAGAGAAAAAGCCAGCUUUUUUUUUUUUUUUAUUUUUUUAAAACUAUUUAUCCAACAACGCGUGAAGUAAUCGAUUACGUAAAACGAAAUUUCACACGAGGUUUGUGUGUCACAAGAAUACGCCAAGAUGUGCAACAAUUCGAAUCAAGUUUUAAAUAACGAGAGCAAAAAUACAUUCAAUAUAAAAAAAAAAGCUUGCUCUUUGAAAUAUUUGGAAAUUGCAUUUUGCGGAAUUGUUUUUACAGUCCGCAACAAUCGACGUAAUGGUGUGUCUUUAAUGCUUCUGUGUAUCGGAGAGACACGGUAGAUGUUUAAAUAUUUGUUGCACGUUACAUCGCUUUAAGAAACGAGAGAUCUUUUUAAUUAACGCGAUAUAUACAAACACGCUUACAGCAUCUCGCAAACAAAUAGUUUUUUAUUUGUUGUGUGGUGAGGAAAUCAUUCCCCGUAUAUUAUGAUUUUGCGCGAAACACUGCCGCGUUUGCGUUUUUUUUUUUUAAAUAGAGACUGCUAACGCGCACACACAUACGUGUGAGUGUGCGAGUUUUCAGGUAAUAUAAUGUUAUGAUCUUCCUGCCGAUGUUUGUUAUACUAUUCUCUAUAAAGACAAAAAAAAA